CAAGGAAGGUCACAGUUAUCGAAGAUGGUGGAGUGUUGACAAUAAGCCAGAUAUUCUUACCAAUGUUACUAUUUCUUGAACAAGUAACAUUUUUUAAAAGGUUUUUAAUCGUCAUAGUAGUUAUACAGUAGUUGUGACCGGUUUCACAAAAGCAAGGGUGUAAAAUGUCUGAGACGAGUGUUUUGCAUCAACGGAUAAGCUCCGUCAUGGACAUUCUAGCCUCCGCUGCCAUGACAGAGAUUUGCAAGUUAGUAGAGGAUUGCUGUGGAGCGUUAAGUGUAGAAGUCUCUCAAAACAAAGAGCAAAUCAAAAUGCUACAGAAGCAACUCAGCCUGGCUGAGUCGAAUUACAUGUCAGUGAGUUGCAAAGAAAGUCAGACGCCUGUCAGCAGCGGCUCACCAAUAAACAACAGUCCUUCGGGCAAUUACCCCACGGCCAAUGCCGAUGAUGCGGACGACACUCACGAUGACAAAGAUUUUCAGCAGUUCAUUGUCUCUGAAGUGGAGUUUCACCCUGCGCAGCAGCAUUGUAAGCAGGAGUUGAGCCCCAGUCUGGGGCAAGAUGACUGGAACCCCAUACAGAUUAAAGAGGAACAGGAGGAAUUCAGGAUCAUCCAGGAGGAGGAAGACUCUGUAUUCACUCCUGCCUGGGUGAAAAGUGACUAUGAUCAGUACCCAACUCAGUCCUCACAAACCCAAAGUGAAGAAUACAAAGACACAAUGGCCUUUACUGAAGAGAUCAAAACAGAUCCUAAGGUAGAUGAUUCCUCAGAGCCAACCAGUGACUCUCAGCCCCAGUGCAAAUUGAAGAAGACAUGGACAGAAAAAGGACAAAGCUCGAACGGUGGAGAAUCUCUGGAUCUGAAAUCACCAGUGCAAAGGAGAAGUCACACUGAAGAUACAUCAUUUUGCUGUAGUGAUUGUGGUGAACGUUUUACUCAGAUGGGAAAACUGGAUGCUCAUAGGAAGGCCCACAAAGGAAAGAAACCUCAUCGCUGUGAUGAAUGUGGCAAAUGUUUUACUCAAGUUGGGUAUCUGAACUAUCACAGAAAGACUCACACAGGGGAGAAACCUCAUCGCUGUCAUGAUUGUGGUAAAUGUUUCUAUCGAGUUGGUGAUCUGACACUUCAUAUGAGGAUUCACACAGGGGAAAAACCACUUUGCUGCCAGGUCUGUGGCAAAUGUUUUGCUCGUCCUAGUAAUCUGAGGUCUCACAUUAGGAUUCACACAGAGAAAUGUUAUUGCUGUCAAUAUUGUGGCAAAUAUUUUCGUCGUAAAGAUAGUCUGACUGCGCAUAUGAGGAUUCACACGAGGGAAAUCACAUAAUUGUUGCUAUACAUCUUUCAACACUGGCGGUAGUCACAUAAAUUCAUAUGAGGAUAAAUCACAUGAACUAUAAACUAUAUCGCUGUCAGGAUUGUUGUAAAUGUUUCAAUAAUUGUUAGAAUAUGAGGAGACCAAGGGGAGGAACCACAUGCUACCAUGACUGGCAAAUAUUUCAUAACUGCCUAUCUUUAACAUUGGCUAGGUUUCCAUCCAAUUGGCGACAGAUAUUAAUGUGAAUAUUCUAAAAUCUGCAUAAAGAAAAUAUGCACAUUUUCCCACCAGUUUCCACCAAGCAGACUUGUUGUGGAUAAAAAUCAGUGUGUGAUGACGUGGUGCACACAAUGUACAUUUUCGCCUAAGUUUUCAUGUACUGAAUAAAAAUCUAACUCUGCGAA